ACAAUGGUGACAGUGGACGUCAGUGAUGUGUGUGUUUGUGAUAUUGUUGUGUCUCUGUAUAGACAGUGGGAUUUCCCAGGGGGUUCCUAAUUACCUUCCAGCACUCCCCCCGUCAGAGUACCCGGUUGUCCACGCGGCGCUGCCCCGGGGGGUCGCGGUGUUCCCCCUGCCGCUGGGGGACCACGAGCUAGCAUUCAACGUCACCUGGAACGCACCUGUUGGUCCCCCAGUCCGUGGUUACUCUAUCGAGGUGCACAGCGUCACCGACACCGCCGACUGCCACUCCAACCUGUGCUACGAGUACAACCUGCCCGGGGAUACCCUCUGGAGUGUGAUCCCGACCGCUGUGAGCCCAGUGCCUGACGGGUGCGCGGUGCGGCCAGGGUGUGCGUACCAGGUACGCCUGAUAGCACACCCGUGGGACGGACACACCGUCGCCAACAUCAACGUGGAGUUGGAUGAGUGCGUGGUCGGCGUGUGCUCCUGCGCGCACGCUCCCCGUCUGCCCCGGCCCAGGGUGUCGGCCGAGCUGGUCUCCAUCGGGGGGGAGCUGGUGGUGAACGUCACCUGGUCCCUCCCCCCGCCAGAGGAGCCCCUCCGCCUGCCGCCGCGGCUGAAGAAGCGAUAUUAUUAUGUCAGUAUUGGCAAGCAGAUGGUGUCAGAUGCGCACCCAGCGCCUUGGUUCGCUCACACGGUAUCCAGAAGAGUCGAUACUUUUGGCUUCGUAACUGUACCCGAAGACGUACGGUGGUUCCUGCUUCCUAUAAGCGAUCGAAGUGCAGGGCGAAGCAGACAGAAUAAUGUGGAGCGAAAUGACAACGAGCGAAGCGGCGUGGAGCGAAGCAAGAUGGAGCGAAGUGGAAUGGAGCGAAGCGGCGAAGUGCGAAGCGGAAAAAGUGAUAAACAGUCAAUUGUUCUAGACGUUAAGUUAUUAGCUAGGGUUAAUUUAAUUGAUGAAAGAGGUUGUGUUGGGCCGGCGGGAAAUGCUACAGCUUAUGAUCCAACGAAGACUGCUUCAACUCCGUUCAAAACAUUUGUGAUAUGGACACUAGUGUGCUGUGCGUGUGUGCUGAUGGUGCUAGUGCUGGCCGUGUUCAGCGCGCGAGCUGUGAAGAGGGUUCUGCAGUCGUUGCGGCCUUCGGCUGACCCUCUGCAGCCGCUGUGCGUGAGGCCGGCGUGGUUCCAGUUCGCUGGUAACGGCGAUGUGCCGACCAGAGGACGCGUGGAGGAGAGCCCUCUGUACACACAUAAAGAUUUUCCGCCCAUGGAUGCCAUGGAUGCCGGUGACGAGUGGGAAGUAAGCCGCUGCCGGGUGCAGCUGGGCGGGCUGAUCGGCAGCGGCGCCUUCGGCAGGGUCCACGCCGCCCAGCUGCUCAUGCCGGGCGGGGAGACCGUCACGGUCGCUGCUAAGAUGCUCAGUGACCACGCCACCGAAGACGAGAUGCAGGACUUUCUCCGCGAGAUAGCCAUGCUGAAGCACGUGGGUUCCCACAAGCACGUCAUCCGGCUGGUGGGCUGCUGCACGCUGCGGCCGCCGCUCAUAGCACUCCUGGAGCAUGCGCCCAGGGGAGACCUGCUGACGCUGUUGCGAGCUGCGCGGGGGAAGAGCAAGCCAUCUCUGUCGGAUGACGCCAACGGACGACCCUCGGAGGCUGAUACAGAAUACACAAACCUGAGCGACGGGGAUGCCCCGGAGAAGUUAUACGUUGCGGAAUCCCAGGAACACUAUGUUGCUGAUUCCCGGGAUAGCGGAACCAAAUCCCGGGACCACUAUGUUGCGGAGCCAGCCCUGCACCUGGACAGCAGCACCAUGCGGGAUUACGCGCUGCAGGUGGCGCUGGGCAUGCGACACCUGGAGGAGAAGGAGAUCACGCACAGGGACCUGGCCGCUCGCAACAUCCUAGUGGACGGGGCGGGGGUGCUAAAGGUCGCAGACUUCGGUCUCUCCCGCUCCGGGGUGUACGUGCACACGCGGGCAAGACCUGUCCCGCUGCGCUGGCUCGCCCCAGAGGCGAUAUACAGCUCGCAGUACUGCAGUGCCAGUGAUGUCUGGGCGUUUGCAGUGUUGCUGUGGGAGAUUGCUACUUUAGGUGGCUUCCCCUACGCCGAGCUGAGCAACCAGAAAGUUCCCCAGUUCCUGACCGAGGGCGGCCGCCUGCCCAGGCCGGCGCGGGCCUCGCCCCGGCUCUACGGCCUCAUGCUGGACUGCUGGUCCGACGAGCCCCAGGCCAGGCCCACCUUCGCCCAGAUAGUGACCAAGCUGACUGCGGAACAGCAGCUAUAUGUCGACCUGGACAACGUGUUCUCUCCCCUCGAAGACCACUCCACCUCUCUUUCCGAUUACGACUUUUCGUUCAAGGAAUGACCAGUUCAAAGACUGAUUUAUAUGUUGUUAUGUUUAAGUAAAUGUAUCUUAAUGUU